CCAGCUCGUCUGGAGCAUCACAACAUUCAGCAGCUUCACGGGAAAAGUCGGAAACCAUCGCACUUGUUUUCGAUGAAGUGUGUGUGAAACCUGGCAAUGUCCACCAUGGUGUAUCCACGUGAAGAAGCUCUUGAGCGACUGAGCCAGGAUGAGAUCGUCCUCAACACUAAGGCCGUCAUGCAGGGCCUGGAGACGCUGCGCGGCGAGCACACCCAGCUCCUCAACUCCCUGCUGGACUGCACCCAGCCGCCCAUCGCCCAGGAGAAGUCCGGGCUGCUGCGCAAGAGUCUGGAGGCCAUCGAGCUCGGCUUGGGAGAGGCGCAGGUGAUCAUCGCUCUGUCGAGUCACCUGAGCACCGUGGAGUCGGAGAAGCAGAAGCUGCGCACUCAGGUGCGCCGGCUCUGCCAGGAGAACCAGUGGCUGAGGGACGAGCUGGCGGGGACGCAGUGCAAGCUGCAGCGCAGCGAGCAGAGCGUCGCCCAGCUGGAGGAGGAGAAGAAGCACCUGGAGUUCAUGAACCAGAUCAAGAAGUUCGACGACGACGUGUCCCCGUCGGACGAGAAGGGCCAGAGCUCUGGAGGAGGAGGAGGAGGGGGGGGCGGAGGAGGAGACACGUCCAAGGACAGUCUGGAUGACCUGUUCCCCAACGACGAUGACCAGGGACCAGCUCAGCCCAGUGGGGAGGUGGCGGCCCAGCAGGGCGGCUAUGAGAUCCCGGCACGCCUCAGGACGCUGCACAACCUGGUGAUCCAGUACGCCUCCCAGGGCAGGUACGAGGUGGCCGUGCCGCUCUGCAAACAAGCUUUGGAGGACCUGGAGAAGACGUCCGGACACGACCACCCGGACGUGGCCACCAUGCUCAACAUCCUGGCCUUGGUGUACAGGGACCAGAACAAAUACAAAGACGCCGCCCACCUGCUGAAUGACGCCCUGGCCAUCAGGGAGAAGACGCUGGGUCUGGACCACCCGGCCGUGGCUGCGACCCUCAACAACCUGGCCGUGCUGUACGGCAAGAGGGGCAAGUACAAGGAGGCCGAGCCGCUCUGCAAGCGGGCCCUGGAGAUCCGAGAGAAGGUGCUGGGGAAGUACCAUCCAGAUGUGGCCAAGCAGCUGAACAACCUGGCCCUGCUGUGCCAGAACCAGGGCAAGUACGACGAGGUGGAGUACUACUACAGACGAGCGCUGGAGAUCUACGAGUCCAAGCUGGGAGCGGAUGACCCCAACGUGGCCAAGACCAAAAACAACCUGGCCACCUGCUACCUGAAGCAGGGGAAGUUCAAGGAUGCUGAAGUCCUGUACAAAGAGAUCCUGACCAGGGCGCACGAGAAGGAGUUCGGGUCCGUCAACAAUGACAAUAAGCCAAUAUGGAUGCACGCGGAGGAGAGGGAGGAGAGCAAGGGUAAACCCAAAGACUCCAGCCUUCACGUGGAGUACGGGAGCUGGUAUAAGGCCUGCAAGGUCGACAGCCCGACUGUGAACACCACCCUGAAAAGCCUGGGAGCGUUGUACCGUCGGCAGGGCAAGCUGGAGGCAGCGGACACGCUGGAGGAGUGCGCCAGCAAGUCACGUAAACAGGGUACCGACGCAAUCAACCAGAGUAAGGUGAUGGAGCUGCUGAAGGACGGGGGAGGCGGGGGGAGCGACCGCCGACACAGUCGCAACGGAGUCAACGGCCCGGGGCAGCGAGGAGACGGGGAGGGCGACGACUCCGCCGAGUGGAACGGGGAUGGGAACGGCUCUCUGCGCCGCAGUGGUUCCUUCGGGAAGAUUCGGGAUGCUCUGAGGAGGAGCAGCGAGAUGCUGGUGAAGAAGCUGCAGGGCAGCGGACCUCAGGAACCCCGCAACCCAGGAAUGAAGAGAGCAAGCUCCCUGAACUUCCUGAACAAGAGCAAUGAGGAAACCACACAGGACUCCGACUCCGGCCUCUCAGACCGCAGGGAGAUGAGCGCCAGCAACGUGGACCUGACCAGACGCUGCUCGUUGGUCGGGUAGAGAGACAGGAGAGCGCGGAGGCAAGUGGCCCAACGCGGAGAGGCUGUCUGCACUUCAAUCGAACACUCGGCACCUGCAGCUUAUUAUUAUUUUUGUUUUCUUCUUCUUCUUUUUUUUUUUAAAGGACAUUGAAAGAGGCGUUACCACGAUGAUGUCACGGUCGCUGCUGCUUCGCUGUACAAACCGCUGCCAUGGGUCCCAAAUAUUUAGAUACACAUUUAUGAGCAUGCUGCUUUAUAGAAAGCGGAACGUCUGCACCUGAAUGCAUCACGGUAUCGACUCACAGCACCGCCGCAGAGCAACACGUUCACGUCGUGACCAGAUCUCUCGUGCAGACACUCGGCUCAAAGUGCUGCGUUGCACUCGAUGUCCUCCACACGUAGCAUGAAGCAUUUCUUACUCUAACCAUCCAUUACAUGACUACCGCAGGUGGUUAAAAUAUAUAAAUAUAUACGUAGGUACAAUCUGUUAGACGAGUUGGGAGAAAGCAGACGUGUCGAGUUUUCUGGGAUUGGCAAAGAAACAUUAGCACUAACCAUCUCAACCUCACAUUUUGCCUUUUGUUUUUUUAUGUAUAUACAGUUUUAAAUUAUUUGACGUUUAAUUCUUUGUAUAUUGUGCACUUUGAUUUUUUUUGUUUUUGUUUACAUUUGAAUGGGUCAAAGAGGGUCCUAACUGGGGGGGUGGGGAGACUGCGUGUGAAGGGAGGAGACUGCUAAUGAAAGAAACAGAGGGUUAAAAGGAAGUAGAGAAAUUGGCACCGGAAUAAAACGUCAAAAUGCUGAUAAACGUACGAUAUUGAUCACUGAAACCUGCCGACGGCCGCCCAGGUUUUGCUCUGUGUCGGGCACAUGUCCGUUUAACUACUGCGGAGAGCAGAAAAACAAAAAAUGUGUUUGUUUUCGUGGCCUUGUGGCUCAUUUCUGCAGGACAAGAUCUGGAAAAAAUUGUCUGAAAUGACUUCCAGAAUAAAACGUUCAAGAUUUAGUCCAGCAGGGAUGUAUCUCAGACAACAAGUGAGAAAAUUAGGUUUAAGAGACGUUUAAACGGUUUAAAGCAGUGGUUACAGCAGGGAUAUUCAAGUCUUGUCCUGUGUUCAAGGCUGGUGCCGUGCAUCAGCUGCUGUUUACUCUUAUUAAGAACAUUCCCUUUGUGUGAGUUUUUGUUUCUGUUUUUCACUCACCGUUGCUAUGAAUUGUUUUUUUUUUCUACUUGUGCAAAACAAUCCUCAGUUUUGUUUUUAAUGCUGGUACAGAUGGAUCUCAUCAGUCCCAAUCGAACCCUCACAAAUGUGACCGGUGAAUUUUUGUUGUGCUGACUUCUUCUUUUGGUGUUGAGCUUUUAUUUUGAAGGUGCAGGAAACUGGUGACCUGAAUGUUACUUUUAGUGAGGUCUGGUGGCAUUUAAACGUGACUGUUGUUUUUGUUCGGAAAGCCAGGAGAAAAAGGAGUUUCCACCAAAAUAAGAUGAUUAACAACAGAGCAGUUCACUGAAUGUACUAGUGUCAUCAUGCCAAGUUAAAUCCAGACUGAGGUGACAUCACAUCCUCAGCUAAGAAAGAUGGGCAAGAUAUCUCUUGUUUUUUGCUUCUCUUGCACCUUUCUACCAUCUCUGAUGGUGCAAGGACGUCUAAAACACGCUGUUUAAAAAUAAUAAAAUGAAAAUGAGUUGAUUUCAAAGGCAUUUGCUGCACGUUGGUGCUUGUGCAUCACGGCCACAUGCCUGAAAUCAGCUUUGAUGGAGCUACUCUGAGAAGGGCGAACUAUCCGAUUAGUUUCCGAAUGUGUACGUUUGUGCUGGUUAUGAGUUUUUUAAUCGAAGGAAAGAAGUGAAGGAGUUAAGAAGUGAAUGAAAGUGCUUUGGAAAGAUGUUUCUGGGAGGAAAAGUGCUUUAACAGCAAGUAAUGUAGAGAUUCAUGUCUUUCUGUCUGCUUUUACUGUUUGCCACAUGUUCACACUUAAAGAAUGCUGGGAAAUUCAUUCAAUCACACACACACAUGUCCAUGACCUUAAUAUAAGUUGGUAAAGUUUGUAGCUGAUUCUUUUCUUGUAAACAAGCCAUCAUGCCAGUCGGGUCUUUGCUGUAUCGUUCACUUACUCAGCGUCUCUGUGCUUCUGUAGAAAACUGGAAUAUUGGGAAUAAUAAACUCCAUCCACAUAUAAACGUGAACGAGCAAAAUACAACUACUACUGAUGUAAAUAUUUAUCUCGGACUAUUUUAGCUGGAAGGUUUUGAUCCAAAGCUUCAAAGAUGAAUCCGAUUGUUUCUCUUAUGUGCUUUUUGUCCAAAUAUUUCUGGAGAUAAGUGCAUCUUCCUUUAGCCGGGGAUGGGACGUAUUUGUAGGCGUGUCGGUCUUGUACAAGCGUGGGAACUGCUACUUUGCAGGUGAUUUCCUGGAUCUGAUUCUGAUGGGGUCAGUUGAACGUGUAUUUUAUCCAAGGUCCAAUAAAAACAAAA